GAAGAGUGAUGCAUAGAAAAAUGUGGAGAAAAGCUCUGUUUACCGGAGCAAGACGGCAGUUUUCCUCCGGUGCCGAGAUUCCAAACCUGUAUUCAUUUCUUCAGCCAUCUAUAUUUGCAUUGAAUAGAAAAGACCCAUCAUCGUCUUCCAUAAUACCGCCAUCUUCAAAGUCGCAAGAACAAACCCUAAAAACCCUAACACCAGAACAGCAAUCAAAAUUAGAGAAAACAAUCCAAUUUUCACUAUUCAGUAAUGAUAUCAGUGAGGCAUGGAAAUCGUUUAAGUCACUCACGAAUUCUUCUUCUUUCCCAAGUAAGUCAAUCGUCAAUUCACUCAUCACUUAUUUAUCAUCCCCAAAUGACGCCCUUAAUUUCAAGAGGGCUUAUGCAACUGUAGUUUACUUCUUAGAGAAAAACCCUAAUUUACUCGAAUACGAAACUGUUUCAACUCUUCUCCGUUCCAUGGAAACGGCUAACUCUGGUGCCCCUGCUUUCGCAUUGGUCAGGUGUAUGUUCAAGAACAGGUAUUUCAUCCCCUUUAACUAUUGGGGACAUGUUUUGAUUGAAAUCAGCAGAAAAAACAGUAAUUUCGUUGCUUUUCUUCAUAUCUUUAAUGAUAACUGUAAAAUUGCUCUUGAUGAGAAGUUGGAUUCAAUGAAACCGGAUUUAUCAGCUUGUAAUGCUGCCCUUGAAGGUUGCUGUCAUGAUCUUGAAUCCGUAGCAGAUUCAGAUCGUGUUAUCGAAACAAUGGCACUCUUAGGUAUCAGACCAGAUUCUUCGAGUUUUGGAUAUUUAGGUUAUCUGUAUGCAUUGAAAGGCCUUGAUCAUAAGAUAACAGAAUUAGAACAUUUGAUGAAUGGAUUCGGAUUCACCAGCAACAGCAAAGGAUCAUUCCAUAGUAAUCUCAUCAUGGGUUACGUUAAAUCAGGUAACUUGGACGCUGUUUCAUUGAUCAUUUUACGCGAAGAUGGAUUCAUAAUCUCGACUAUCAAUAUGAAAACCCAUUGCGAAAUAGUAAAAGGGUAUUUCGAGAAAGACAAGAUAAAGGAGCUAGGUGAACUGAUAAUCGAAACACAGAAAUUCGAGCAACCUUCAACUCCGGUGGAAGCCACAUUCGGUUACAAUGUUAUCAGUGCUUGUAUAUCGCUGGGAUUCUUACAAAAGGCGAAUUCUGUUCUGGACGAGAUGAAGAAUUCUCCUAAAGGUAUGAUCGGGCUUGGCGUAUAUAUCCCGAUCUUGAAAGCAUACUGUAAAGAGCAAAGAACAGCAGAAGCAACACAAUUAGCAACCGAAAUAAGCUGUUUAGGACUUCAAUUAGACGGUUGUUACUACGACGAUCUUAUUGAAUCAUCCAUGUCAUGCCAAGAUUUCCAAUCUGCAUUCUCUUUAUUUCGAGACAUGAGAGAAUCAAGAACUAUAACAGAUCUUAAACCAAGUUACUUAACUAUAAUGGCAGGUCUAACAGAAAGCCAAAGACCCGAAUUGAUGGCAGCGUUUCUAGACGACGUCAUUGACGAUCCCCGUAUCGAAGUGGGCUCGCACGAUUGGAAUUCGAUCAUCCACUCGUUUUGUAAAGCCGGAAGGGUAGAGGAUGCGAGGAGGACUUUCAGGAGAAUGUUGUUUUUGAGAUAUGAACCGAAUGUGCAGACUUAUUUGUCCUUAAUUAACUGCUAUUGUGCUGCGGAGAAGUAUUUUAACGUCAUGAUGCUGUGGAAUGAGGUUAAGAGGAUCGGAGGGGACGGGAGGUUUAAGUUGGAACAUGGGUUGGUCGAUGCGUUUCUGUAUGGUUUGGUUAAAGGUGGGUUUUUUGACGCAGUUAUGGAAGUGGUGGAGAAAUCGCAGGAAAUGAAGAUAUUUGUCGAUAAAUGGAGAUAUAAGCAAGCUUUUAUGGAGAAUCAUAAGAAAUUGAGAGUGGCUAAGUUGAGAAGGAGGAACUUGAGGAAGAUGGAAGCUCUUAUUGCGUUUAAGAAUUGGGCGGGAUUGAGUACUUGAAAAAUAUCAUUUCUAUGAUACUAAAAAUUAUUGUUCAAUUUAAUGUAGCUAAAUAUGAUAUAUUGU